GUGGCGCGAGGAGAUGCAAGAGUGCGCUCGCAGUCGACAACAUGCGCCCCGCGCCCGCGCUGGUCCUGGCCGCUCUCUGCCUGCUAGCGCUGCCCGCCGCCGCCGCCGCCGCCUACUUCGGUCUGACAGGACGUGAUGUCCUGACACCCUUCCCAGGCCCGGGCACAGCAGCAGCCCCGGCACAGGCUGGUGCCCACCUGAAGCAGUGUGACCUGCUGAAGCUGUCCCGGCGGCAGAAGCAGCUCUGCAGGAGGGAGCCUGGCCUGGCUGAGACCCUGAGGGAUGCCGCACAUCUGGGGCUGCUGGAAUGUCAAUUCCAGUUCAGGCAGGAGCGUUGGAACUGCAGCCUGGAGGGGAGGACUGGCCUGCUCCAGAGAGGCUUCAAGGAAACAGCCUUCCUGUACGCAAUGUCUGCAGCUGCCCUCACGCAUGCGCUGGCCCGGGCCUGCAGUGCUGGGCGCAUGGAGCGUUGCACCUGCGAUGACUCCCCGGGCCUGGAAAGCAGGCAGGCCUGGCAGUGGGGCGUGUGUGGUGACAACCUGAAGUACAGCACCAAGUUCCUAAGCAACUUCCUGGGCCCCAAGAGAGGAAGCAAGGACCUCCGGGCCCGAGCCGAUGCCCACAACACUCAUGUGGGCAUCAAGGCUGUGAAAAGUGGCCUAAGAACAACCUGUAAGUGCCACGGCGUGUCGGGCUCCUGUGCCGUGCGCACCUGCUGGAAGCAGCUUUCCCCAUUUCGCGAGACUGGCUCGGUGCUGAAGCUACGCUAUGACACGGCUGUCAAGGUAUCCAGUGCCACCAACGAGGCUUUGGGCCGUCUGGAGCUAUGGGCACCCGCUAAGCCAGGUGGGCCUGCCAAGGGCCUGGCACCUCGCCCGGGGGACCUGGUCUACAUGGAAGAUUCUCCCAGUUUCUGUCGGCCUAGCAAGUACUCUCCGGGCACGGCAGGCCGAGUGUGUUCUCGGGACACGAGCUGCAGCAGCCUGUGCUGCGGGCGAGGCUAUGACACCCAGAGCCGCAUGGUGGCUUUCUCCUGCCACUGCCAGGUGCAGUGGUGCUGCCAUGUGGAGUGCCAGCAGUGUGCACAGCAGGAGCUGGUAUAUACCUGCAAGCGCUAGGCCUCCACCAGAGUGUGCCCCUCAUCUCUCUUCCCCCAACAGAUCGUUGGCCCGCCUUCUACCUUCCUCACCGUUCAGCAGAGAGAAACAAAGCCCUGCCUCUGAGUCCCAGGAUCGCCAACCUGGCUGAGGACUUGGGACAGAACAGACUGAGAAGAGAGGGGAAUCUAUGAGGACCAGGGUAGGGCAUGAGCGAUGCUAUGCCGGAAGAGAGAAACAGCUUCCUGUCUCAAGGCCAAUAAAAGUUGGGAGGAUAUGGAAGAGGAAGGCAGAGCCGGCUGGAGGGGGAAGCAUUCAGCUGAGCAUGGCCAACCUGUUAUGACCCCACUCUGAUGGCAGGGAGCUCUGGGUGUCACAUGCCUGCCCUGGUUGUGGAGGGGGACACUUUGCACACUGAAGACUAUUCAGGAUGUUUAUUGGGAGCAAGGAAAGCUUUUUAGGCUUGGGUGGCUCAGGUCACAGAGCUUGUGUACCCUAAAGUCUUAUGUCCUGGCCCUCGGGGCUGCCUCCUUGUGUUCUUGUCUUGAAAGCCGAGUCCCCCACAGCCAUUCAGCUCUGCUCAACGAGACCCCCUAAUGCUCAUAAGAAGGGCAGUGCUGGAGCCAGUCUCCACAGUGGGACUCAGAUAAUGCAACCAAGGUUCAGUUCGGGAGACAGUGACCCUUUCUCUUUUCCUUGGUGGUCAAAGGAACCUUUAAUCACAGCCCAGAGGAGGAGAGGCAGUGUCUUGAUGCCUGGACGAGAUAUGGCAGGCUCUGUAUUGAAACACCACCCUGGAGAGUGUUCUACCAAUUCCCUGUGGCCGGGCUCUCCCUGAGCUGCGAGGCCCAUCCAUACUAGUAACACAGAAGAAUGAUUCACCCCUAAGCCACUUGUCUGCUUACUUCCCUGCUCGCACACUGCUUGUUCAGGCUUUUGCCCUGGCUAAGUCUUUGCUAACCCUCCUCUUCAGUGGUCCUAUUCCUUUACUAAUGGCUCCUUCACUUGGGCUCCUACCAGAGGAGCAGAUUGACUGCUGAUGGAUCAAGUAGGCAUUUUUAAUGUCCCCUACCAAGGUCCUCUGUGAAAGCAGUGCCCAGGUACAGGCCCACACAGAUGCCCAAACAUAGCCUGGCCAGGGUCAGGCUUCUGGUGGAGCAUUGUGUAUCUCUCCAUCCCAGGACAAGGGCCUCACUGGGGUCACUGCUGGAGGCUGUAUGCUUCCCCAGAGCAGGGCCGAGGCCAACCAGGAGGAAGUGACCUCCUUUGGAAAGCCUUUGACCACUGGGCCUGCUGUGCUGCACCCCCCUGUGAGUUUCCUUCCUCCCUGAACCCUGUCAGGGUUACCACCCCUCUACAGGAACAGGAAGCUUCAGAAUCAGUGGGUGCUCAGCGAACAUCACCCACAGCAGCUCCAGGAAGGAGGCUCUAGGGGUCAGAAGGGGCCACCCUAUCUUCAGUGGCCCAGGGUAGCAUGAGAAGGCUGGAAGGAUCUCUGAUGGCAGAAGCUCCAGGGAAGAGCCACCAUGACCUGAGACCCGUCCCUGGAACAACUCUUCUGACUGAAGAAGCCCGCUGACAGCCUACAGGGGGAAGUAGACUGAGAGCUGGUUUUCUAUCUUUCUACUGAAGAUUGACUUGUUCUUUGGUAACCUGAGGCACCCUUCUCCUCUGUGACCCCUACUCCUGCUCUGCCUGGAGGCUACACAGGCAGGAAGGGAGCCUGAAACAACUUGGGGACCAGAGCAUUCUGAUCUACAACUAUACCACCUGUGCCCUGACUCUAUGGUCAGGGGGGCUGGGGGUGAUGAAGCGUCAAAGCUGGACUUGAACUAGGCUGUGGUUGGUCACUAAAACUGAUACCCUAGGGCACCCUCAAUCUGGCCCUCUCCCUCCUUUUCCUUUAUUUCUCCAUGGCCCCCUUUCUUCUUCUUCCCCCCUAAAAUCCCACCAUCGUCAUGCUGGGGCCCCUUAGACUGGAACUUUAAGGGAGACGUUCACAGGGUAUUUCUGCCUACCUCAUACGUAUAGUUUUUAGAAAAUAAUUUAUAUAGCUAAGAUAUAUGGGAAAGUAUUUAUGUUAUUUAUAUAGCUUCUCUAUUUCUUGGUCACCAUAUGUGGGGUUCACGUGUUUACCCAGAAGCCUCUAGGGAAAUACAACUGCGUCUGCCAGGGGCACUCGUGGAACUGGAUGCCAGGUAGCUGAGAGAGGUCACAGCUGCUGUGUCACACGGAAGUCUGUCUCGGAGCCUGGGAGCACACGUCCCUCCUGAGCCUGAGCAGGAGCUCUCUUGUGAAGUCUGCAGAUUCUAUUCUCCGCCUCUGGGCCCCAGGGGUCUUUCUGCUCCGUCCAAAGGGUGUUGUUCACAAAGGACAAAAAGGAUGGGCACUUUCCAUUUUUAGAAACGCUUCUAUCUUUACUCUCCCUUGAUUUCCCCAUUUUUCCUAUGAGGUUAUAUGAAAUGAGGCCAAACCACUGCACCCAUUUUCCAGAUUUGGCCCAGAGGUGGAGGUCUGUGCUUAAAGUCACAUGAAAGAGAACCGUGGGUGAAUAUUGACUUGAACACGCCCAAGGAAUUGGGGGGAGUGGACCUACUCUGAGAGCCAAAGCCAUCAGUCUCAAUCUGAGCCUAGGAACUAAGGGAGGUCCUCGUGGCGUGUGACCCUGGCCUUUCCCCCUGGACGGCAUGCUAGUUUCUGCAGCAAGCUGAAUCUCAUGUCUCAGGACUGGGGCUUCCUGAGAUGUCUGGAGAGACAAAGACCCCAUGGAGGUCAUUUGGGGGUCCUGCAGCCCACAUCACCCAAGAUGACCAGGCUAUAGCAUCCAGCCCCUCCCAGCCCAUGGCUGAGUUUUGUUUUCUCUUUGAGGUUUUCCCUUUACCAAUGAGCUGUUUCCGGCUGGAUUUCUGACUUUUUUCUUCGAGAAUCAGUGACACUGGCAAAUGGGAUUGGCAUCCUGACUGACAGCAUGCACGGGGACCCCAGCUGGCCCAGUGUCCCCUGCCCUUCCCCAAGUCAUUCACGCUAUCAUCUGGCUUUCAUGGGCAUACAGAACCUGUCACCUGGUCUAGAUAAAGCCAGCUGUUCCGGUACCCUCUGCCGCCUGGCGGACGGAUGACGGCAUAGACUGUGCCAGCCCUAAAGAUCAGGUCUUACUCCCCAGUGUCUUCUCUCAACAACCGUGAACUUCUGGGACUUCCCAUCUGAGCACAUAUGAGAACCACAAUGGAAGUCCUUGGUUAAGGGCUGUUACACAUCCGUUCCGCCUCCUAGUGAUGGAUGCCAGGGAGACACUUGGGUGGUAGGGUGCCACAGUGCUCAAGAGCCAGUCCCGGUCUCAUGGGGCUGACAUGCUGGAGCGAAGAAAGCCAACAAACCAAUAAACUAUGCACCGGUUA